AAUGAAUAUAAUAAUGUCUCUUCUAGGUUUAAAAUGCUGUACAGAUUGAAACCUAACGGUAUACAAAGCCAUGUGGUAUAAUCAGCUACAUUAAAUAGUAAGUUUACUUUCAUAGAAGGAGGGCUGGCAAUGCCAGACUGGCUAAUUCUUUUACCAUUUUCAAUUACAUCUGAAACACAGAAGGUUUUCCAUCAGUUAAAAUACAUUUGAUCAGAACAAUGACAUUUUAGGCAUAUCUUUCUGAAAUCCUCUUACACUUAAUGGCAUGUCAACAAUGAAUAUGGAUUCAAAACCAAAGUUGUUUGAUGCCUGACAUAUUAUCCUAAUUUGAUUAUUUUGUAAGCCUAAUGAGUGCAAUUAAACAAAAUAAUGUGUGUAUGCAAUUAUACAUUUAAACAUGUCUCCUUCAAGAUUAUUCAUUAAUCAUUUACUCACUUCCUUUAUUGAAGAAUUAACCAAUUAAGUGCAAAAUUGAUAUUCCACUCAUUCCUGCUUCACAUUACCAUGAAAAAAAAUAUGUUCCAUAAAAUGAAUAGGGAUGUGUUUGAAAAAAAUUGCAAGCAAUUGUGUUUAUAGAAAUCAGAAUUGGGUUUGUAAUUUAAAGCAAAGAUAAGUUAUUUAAAGUCAAUGGAAUCUUGAAUGAUCAAGUUUUUUUUCCAGCAAACCUCUUGUACUAAAUGAAUGAAUUUUGCUGAACUUGUUACCUAUGUGCAUCAGCUAUGACUGAUCUGGUGUACUGCAUUUAUCCAAUCAUCCGGCAGAGGAGAGGAGCAGCUUUUCGGCGUCGGGUCAGUUGCCCAAACUGUCCUGAGCAGAGGUUCCAUGGGAGAUCCACUCACUAUACACAUUGGCUUUACACUCGCAGUCACCAUGGCUGUGUAUGUGGCGGGAGGAGUUUCAGGCGCUCACAUAAACCCUGCUGUCUCUCUGGCGAUGUGUGUGCUGGGGAGGCUGAGCCUCUGCAAAUUCCCAGUCUACGCCGUGUGUCAGUUCCUUGGUGCUUUCAUUGGUGCCGCAGCAGUCUAUGGACUUUAUUAUGAUGCCUUCCUGGAUUAUACAGGUGGAGUGCUGACAGUUACUGGCCCCAAUGCAACAGCACACAUUUUUUCAUCCUACCCUGGUAAACAUCUUUCAAUCUUAAAUGGAUUUAUAGAUCAGGUUAUAGGAACUGGUGCAUUGCUCCUCUGCAUCCUUGCCAUCUUGGACAACAAGAACAAGGGCGCCCCGAAAGGAAUAGAGCCCUUGAUGAUUGGUCUCAUCAUCAUGGUUAUCGGGGUCUCCAUGGGCCUGAACUGCGGCUACCCAGUCAACCCAGCGCGUGAUCUCGGCCCCAGGCUCUUCACUGCCAUAGCAGGGUGGGGCACUGAAGUUUUCAGCGCUGGAAGCCACUGGUGGUGGAUUCCUGUGGCUGGGCCGCUAGUUGGAGGGAUGGUCGGAGCUGUGAUCUAUGUGCUUUUCAUCGAGCUUCACCACGUGGACCCUCAGAAGACUCCAGAAGAAGAAAACAGCAUGAAGGAUAAAUACGAAAUGAUUGCAAUGAGCUAAACUCCCCAGACACCAAGAUCAGACCCAAGGAAAAUUCAGCUGUGACAAUCAUAACAAACAGGUUCAUAUCAUGUGAGGACUGUCCCCUAACAUUUUACAAGUCUGGGUAUAGCAUUCCCUUUAUCCUGCUGCCAGAGACACUUGGGGAGAAAAAGGGAGUUCUACUGAUUUAUCUGACAAAAUAUUAGCUUGAUUGGACUGAGAUCUAGUGAGUGAGCUGGUCUGUGGAUUAAGAGCCCCUGGCCUAUGCUCUUAGUUGCUGAUCUCUGCAUUGUUGGAGGGGAACAAUUUAAUCAGGGUUGAGGUCAAUUCCCUUUUAAUUUGACAUAGGCUUUAUUGAGCAAACAUACAUCCAACUUGACAAACACACGUGCAACUUGUCAACAGCACAUGGAAUUACACAAUAACUUGUGUUUGCUCAAUGAAGCCUCUGUCGUAAAUGGAAUUGGAAUUGAUUCAUAGGGAAUUCACCCCAACUCUGAAUGUCCCCAUUCCCAUCAGCAUUGCAGGCUGAACGGCAUCUGCCAACACAGUCCAGUAUCACUGCCUCCCAGUCCAGCACUGCUCAGUCGCUGUAUCUCAGCUGUUAUCGCUGCAAAGGUUGCCCACCUUGGUAAAAGGGACUAGCACAAGGUGUUCAUUUUUUGGCAGGUGAAUCCGUGUAUAUAGAGCCUACAAUGUGCUGUUUUGUUUGCAAUGUAUUUAUUCCACUGCUUCUGUUGUAUUUAUUUAAAGAAAUGUUGAAGGAACAACCCAGUCUUUUCGAAGUUAGUGAUUAUCAGCAGAAAUUGGCUGUCCGCUUCUUUUCUUGUAAUAGCACUUUAAAUUAAGAAACAUAGCUGUUUUUCAAUAAAUUAAAACAAUUGUAGUGUAUUAGAAUCUGCUUUAUUAACUUAAAAAAUACAGUGUCACAUAUGGUUUACACAAUAAAAUAUAAAAUCUAAGGUUGUUCCUAUGAAAUGUUAUUAGUAUAGUAUAACCAUUAUUCAUUGAUAAUGACUCGAAGUAGCAGCAAAGCAUGCUGGUUAGUGGCAGGUGCGGUAGGUUUCAAGGGGUGGGGAAGCUGGUGCAGCUCAUCUCUCGUAAGCAAACUGUCAGCAGUGUGUGAUUGCUGCUGUACAGCUCAGACUGUGGAAGAAUGCAGUAAACAAACACCAGGGAAUUAUAUCUUAGACUUGAACUACAGCUUUAUAUCUCUGGCCAUUGCCCAUGCUCAUUGUCUGGCAACAAGCACCAUGUGAAGAAUGCAGCAGGGGAGCCAGCUGAUGUAAAGUUGAUUUACAGAUACAAGUAAUAUCCAGGGUAGGAAAUCACUGUGGCAGCUGAAAUGAAUGGUUGGCUUUGUAAUACCACUACUUCAUAGAAGGUACACAUUUUAUAUAUGACUACUCUAGUUUUGUUUGUGUGUUUUUUAAAGGAGUGAGCACAAAUGUCCUGGAGCCAUUUUCUGUUACAAAGAAAUGUUUAAUUUAAAUUGUAUAUUAGCAUACGAGAUAUAGAUUUUUUUUUUAAAAAUUUUCAUAUUGUGCUGUGUGUCUUGAUUAAAAAAGAGAGUUUUUCAGUUGAUGUAUAAAUCAUAUUAAGUAGAAUGCAUGCUUUAAUUGAUUUUGUAAAAUGCACCCAUCUUUGUUUGUGCCAUUCAAAACAAAAAGCACUCGUCUUGUUUUCUACUUGUGUACAUUACUGUAACUCUUAUUUUACAUGAAUUGAUUGCUGUUAGAUUUGUUCAGUGAAUGACAAAGAAGAUCAAGUUUAAAUACAUUUUUAAAUUAACAAAGCACUGAAGAAAAAAAAAAUCACAAAUCAAAUUACUCAUUGGUUUCAUUCAAUAUUCAUCUUGUAUAUCUUACUGUAGUAUAUAUAAGUGUGUGUGUAUAUAGAUAGAUAGAUAGAUAGAUAGAUAGAUAGAUAGAUAGAUAGAUAGAUAGAUAGAUAGAUAUUCAUAUUAGUACCACUAUAUUUAUAUUUGAUUAUUCCAGAUCUAUCCAGUCAAUUUCUUGUUUCAUCAAAACCUAUGGUCCCAAAGAUAAAUAGGCUGUAUUUUUUUAAAGACAAUUAUACAAUUAUAGUUAUUAUUUGAAUAAAAUAUGAUGCAAAGCUACCAUUGUAAACUAACAUUUGUCCCUCACAAGCAGACGUCAUAAUGUAGUCUGGACAGGUAGACACCAACAGUGCACAGGUCAGGCGUGUAUUCAGAUACCUGUAACACUGCUUCACAGAAACCACCACAGGUGACAGGAUGUCAAAGAAUCAAUGGGGGACUAUUACAGCGGCCCCUUUCCCACUUGGCUACCAAAAAAUGAACAGCUAUGAAAUACAGCAGGUUACAGAACGAUUGUACAAAAACGGCAAAUCCAAGCAAUGCAUUCCAGCGAGCCCUAGUGGCAACAAUGUGCACUGCGGGAAACUGAAACUUGAAGAACUGGAACAGCUGACUCAACGACUUACAAAAAACUCAGCGGCGAAAGCUGCCGACCAGAAGAGAAUCCCGCAAGGGAAACUGAAGGAACUUGGAAUUAUAAACUCGUUUGCUUGGAAAGGAUGGAACUGAAGAACUGAACUAAGAACUAUCAGGUUGACAUGUCAUGACUUGUGAGGAGCACAACCAAGCUAUUGUUAAACUGCACAGGUUAUUAAUUUAGCAUCAAAUACAAUUGAUCUGGUGAUCCCUGUGCUUUGAAACACUAGCACAUGUGAAGGUAUCUAAGACACCAUGUUAGUAUUUGUGGUUAUGUUGUAUUUUUGUUCUUAGGUGCCCCUCAUGUUAAUUAGCAUGCAUUUUUAAAACUGACUGUAUAACAUUAAAAGAUCAAUAUGCAUGAG